AUGGCGCCCGCGCUUCUUACCGCCGUCGACUCGGCUUCACACAUCCACCUCAUCCUCGGCUCCAACCCCCUGGCUGCCGCGCGAUGCACACGCUCCAUCGAGGUCGGCGCGCACCCCAUACUGAUUGCCCCGGACGACGCCACAUUACACUACGGCCUUGUCAAGCGCAUCGACGAAGGCAAAGUCAGCUGGCUCAAGCGUAGCUUCCGAGAAGACGACCUGACCACACUGGGUCGUGCCCAAGUCGACGGAGUGGUCGAUGCCGUCUUCGUGACAGCAGGCGGAAAGCAGGGGCAGAGCACACAAAUCUCCAAUCUUUGCCGCCGCCUACGGAUUCCCGUCAACGUUGCUGAUGCGCCCAACCUCUGCUCCUUCACACUUCUCUCCACACACUCCGACGGCCCUCUGCAGAUUGGCGUAACAGCGUCUGGCAAGGGCUGCAAGCUGUCCGCCCGCAUCCGGCGCGAGAUUGCCUCUUCAUUGCCACCGCACCUGGGCGAUGCUGUCGAGCGACUCGGCACCCUACGCCGACGCAUAUGGGAGGAAGAGCAUGCUGCUGAGCUUUCCCAAGAUCUCGAAGCCGAGGACGAGGACAGCGGUCAGCCCGCAACCUUCAACAAGCUCGUUCUCGAGGAGAGCAAAGAAGCAGCACGAGGCCGCCGCAUGCGCUGGCUCUCCCAGAUAUGCGAAUACUGGCCCCUCCGACGCCUCGCCGCCAUCACAGACGCCGACAUUGACACCCUUUUCCGCGAGUUCGCCAGCAGCAGUCCUUCCAAGAUCGGUCCCACUUCCACUACAACCCUCAUGAAGAAGCCAGGUCGUAUCAUCCUCGCUGGCUCCGGCCCCGGCAACCCCGACCUCCUCACCCGCGCAGCCCACAAAGCCAUCCUCUCCGCCGACCUGAUCCUCGCCGACAAGCUCGUCCCCGCACCCAUCCUCGACCUCGUCCCCCGUCGCGCCACCGUCCACAUUGCGCGCAAGUUCCCCGGCAACGCAGACCGCGCACAAGAAGAGCUCCUGGAAUGGGGUCUCGAAGGGUUGAAGGCCGGCAAGGUGGUCGUCCGCAUCAAGCAGGGCGAUCCAUACAUCUACGGCCGCGGCGGCGAGGAGUACGAUUUCUUCCGCUCCCACGGUUUCAUCCCUACCGUUCUUCCCGGCAUCACAAGCGCCUUGUCCGCCCCGCUCUUCGCUGCCAUCCCCGCGACACACAGAGGCGUGGCAGAUCAAGUGCUGAUCUGCACCGGCACCGGCAGGAAAGGCGCUCCUCUCGACCCACCCGAGUUUGUCGCGAGCAGAACCAUAGUCCUGCUCAUGUCCCUGCACCGCCUCGAGGCACUGAUCGAGAGCCUAGUCGCCAAGGGCUACCCGGCCGACCUACCCAUCGCGGUGCUCGAGCGCGCGAGCUGUCCCGAUCAAAGAGUGAUCCGCACCACCAUCCAACACGUCUGCGCCGCCGUCGAAGAGGAGGGCAGCCGGCCCCCCGGCUUGCUCGUCGUCGGCAACGCGUGCAGGGUCCUCAGCAACUACACGCAGAAGUGGGUCGUCGAAGAGGGCUUCCACGGCUUGGACGACUUGGGGUGCGAGGGCGAGCUGCAGUUGAGUAAGCUCGGGCAUGUUGUUGCCCAGGUCGCUGCGUAG